AUGUCAUUCUUCAGAUCACUUAAAUCAAAACUGCCGUGGAUAAAAUUAGUAAUGGAAGAGAUUCAACAAAGAUGUUUUCGCACGUCGCCUGCUGCAUCCAAAGGCUGUCAAGUUUCCAUGAGCAUCUUAGACACCGUGUCUUUGCCAUAUGAAUGUCUGGAGAGCCGUAUAAAAAUCGUUGCCGAUAGAACAGGAAAACCAUUGUCGUUAACAGAAAAAGCACUCUACUCUCAGUUGGAUGAUCCCGAGAACCAAGAACUAAAACGCGGUGAAUCCUAUUUAAAAUUAAGACCUGACCGCGUGGCUAUGCAAGAUGCUACGGCUCAAAUGGCUAUGUUACAAUUUAUUUCAUCUGGUUUACCAAAAGUCACGGUUCCAUCCACCAUUCAUUGUGAUCACUUAAUUGAACCUCAGAUUGGUGGAAAAGAAGACUUGAAAAAAGCCAAAGAAAUGAACCGAGAAGUAUACGGGUUUUUGCAAACGGCUGCCGCUAAAUACGGAGUUGGUUUUUGGAAUAAGGGUUCGGGCAUCAUUCACCAAAUUAUUUUGGAUAACUACGCUUUUCCUGGAUUAUUAAUGAUUGGUACUGACUCUCAUACACCUAACGGUGGUGGUCUCGGCGGUUUGUGUGUUGGAGUUGGUGGGGCGGAUGCUGUUGAUGUUAUGGCUGACAUUCCAUGGGAACUNUGUCUGGUUGGACUACACCAAAAGAUGUUAUCUUGAAAGUGGCUGAUAUCUUAACUGUGAAAGGAGGUACUGGUGCUGUAAUUGAGUAUCAUGGACCUGGAGUUGACAAUAUAUCGUGCACUGGUAUGGCUACGAUUUGUAAUAUGGGUGCUGAAAUUGGUGCGACUACUUCAUUGUUCCCUUUCAAUCGUCUUAUGGCUGAUUAUUUGAAGGAUACUUCACGUCCUGAUAUUGCUGAAGAAGCUGCCAAGUACAGUAAGUCCUUAUUGACACCUGACAAAGGCAGCAACUAUGAUCAGUUAAUCGAACUUGAUUUAAACACAUUGGAACCUCAUGUAAAUGGACCUUUCACACCCGAUCUCGCUCAUCCUAUUUCCAAACUUGGUGACAACGCCACAAAAAAUAAUUGGCCCCUUGAAAUCAAAGUCUGUCUAAUUGGAAGUUGCACUAACUCAAGUUAUGAAGAUAUGUCAAGGUGUGCUUCUAUAGCAAAAGAAGCAUUAGCUCAUGGACGCAAAUCGAAAAUUCCAUUUAACGUAACGCCUGGAUCUGAACAAAUCAGGGCAACGAUUGAACGAGAUGGAAUCGCACAAAUAUUGAGAGAUUUUGGCGGUACUAUAUUAGCUAAUGCUUGUGGUCCUUGUAUUGGUCAAUGGGAUCGUAAAGACGUUAAAAAGGAUGAAAAGAACACAAUUGUCAGUUUGUACAAUAGGAACUUCACCGGACGAAAUGAUGCUAAUACGGCGACUCAUGCAUUUGUCACAUCCUCUGAGCUCACUACCGCGUUGGCCAUUAAAGGUAGCAUAAACUUUUCCCGGUAUUAUUGGGAACAACAGAUCGAUUGGUUUAAAGCAGGCAGUGCAUUAAAUCGUAUGAAACAAAUCACUGCUGCUUCCAAAUAA